CUCAUUGAGAAGAAUUCGUGCACGUGCAUAAACAUAAAACCCUUCCCAGAGCAGCGUGUCCCCACAUGAGACUCCAUUUAGAUACUUGGUAACACAGAUGCUGAGUAGACUUCCUGCAUUAUGUCAACAAAGACUUCCGAAGAGUGAUACGUCUUGAAUUGGGGCUGAAAGAGGAUGGCAAUGUGGAUUGACAGUGAAAAGAGUAGGUGUUAAUAUAAAGGAUAGUAUGAUCCUAUAAUUAUACCAAGGAGGAGUUCGACUUCAGGAGCUGAUAUUCAAUAUUCUGCAUUUAGUAAUUGCAGUAAUUACAAGUAGUUACUCCGAGUUUACCUCAUGAGGACAGGCUUAGAGGUUUUCUUAUGAUUUUCACUGUGAUAUGACAGUUUUCAAAUACCAUAAUGAUCUGUCUCACAAAACUGGAAUGGAUUCCAAAGCCUGCUUGGUGAGCACCAUUUAUUGACAGUGUCCCAGGACGUAGGUGUGUGGUGAUUGGGAUUUAGGGUAAGCUGUCCCUUUUCUUCCUUUUUUCUUUUCUUUGCAGUGCUGGUGAUGGAACAUGCUGAGCUACAGCCCCAGCCCUGCUUGUUUCUCUUUGGCUUGACUAGAUGGAAGAAAGAACUCUUGCUGUCAAGAAAGCAAAAGCUGCAGACUGCUGUGCAGUCUCAUGACCUGUCUGCAUUCCCCCAUCCCCUGCGACUGUCAGUCAUUGUUCAUCCCGAGGAUGGGGACUCCUUCUCGCAGUUUCGGUUUGCUGAGGAGAAGGAAUGGGAUGGUGAGACUUCAUGUCCAAAGCAGAAUUCUGCAUUUUAUGUGGAUAGUGAGUCACUGGUUCGAGCCCUACAAGAACUGCCUCUCUCACUGAAACUCAAUGUUGCUGCUGACUUGAUCCAGGUCACAGUUCCUUUAGAGCUUCCUCAGGUGAAACCAAAGAGAAAUGAUGACAGCAAGGGACUAGGAAUGCAAUCAAGGGUACCCUUCUCUGAGCUAAGAUCUGCUGCUGGCUUUCCUGAGUCCCUUGGCAAAGAUGGCUCAAGACUGGGUCUUUCGGGGCUUUCUCAGAAAUCCACUCCCCGAUUGCAGUCAGCCACAGACCAUUUGGAAGAGGAACUAGAUCUGUUGUUGGAUUUAGAUGCGCCUGUGGAAGAGGAAGAUAGCGUGCUACCAGACCAGACAUCUCAGGACCUCGAAUCUGAGAAAGAUGGGCAGGUGACCCCAGAGGAAAAAGUUCCUGCAGAGCCAUCUGUGACUGAGGAAAAGAAUGCAGGACCUGAGCAGCCAAGUACAUCAAAAAAUGUUACUGAGAAAGAGCUGGAGGACUGGCUGGACAGCAUGAUUGCCUAAAGCAAAGUGUGGUUACCUUCUAAGGGCAAAGGUGGGCGCAGGGCCAGCCCAGGCCUAGCUCUAUGUGACAGCAUCAGGAGGAGCACACUUGCGAAGCUCGUUGUGUUCUGGGGAUGUCACAUCCACCUUUCAGAGUUUACAGCAUGGUGGGUGCUGCUUAGUAAGGGAAUAGAUGCAACCACCAAGGCAUGCAUUUGGUCAAAUAAACACCUUCUGGUCUAUGGAUUGAUUC